GGUUCUCGAAGUGUCCGUCAUUUUGCUGGCGCAACCAAAAUGAGCUCCAUAUCACGGUUGGAAGUCCUCCCUCUGUUUCUCCUCCCUCCGAGUCCGACCUCCUCCGUGCCACCGAUCCCCUCCCGCUUCUUAUUCCGGCCCUGCCCCAAACCGCACAUUCCCUCCGUUUUUGCCGUCGCGUCGACCUUCAAUUCUAACUCUCUUCCUCCACGAAAUGGAGUUUAUAGAGUCGGUGAUUUUAUGACCAGGAAAGAGGAUCUUCAUGUGGUCAAGUCCACCACAACUGUUGAACAAGCAUUACAAAUGCUCGUCGAGAACAGGAUAACCGGUUUUCCUGUGAUUGAUGAUGACUGGAAAUUGGUUGGUCUUGUCUCAGACUAUGAUUUAUUGGCACUGGAUUCAGUCUCAGGUACUGAAAGGAGUCAAAGGACUGAUGUAGGCAUGUUUCCUGAAGUUGACAGCACUUGGAGAACUUUCAAGGAAGUACAAAACUUGCUUACGAAAACCAACGGACAAGUUGUGGGUGAUCUGAUGACUCCAGCACCAGUUGUGGUUGGCGAAUCCACCAAUCUGGAGGAUGCUGCAAGAGUGCUACUGAGGACGAAAUACCGUCGCCUCCCUGUCGUGGAUGAUGACGGCAGACUGCUGGGGAUUAUCACUAGAGGAAAUGUUGUCAGGGCUGCUUUGCAACUCAAACGAGCCACUGAAAAAGCAACCACAACGGCAUAAAUCUAGAGAGGUGUGUUACCACUAAACAAUGUGAACUAAGCAAAUAUUAUCUCAAAAUUAAUAAAACUUUUUGAUCGAUGACAUUA